AUGUCCUCCAGCACUCCUCCUCUCAAGCGAUCGUCGCACGAAGCCGGCCUGGACUCCCCCGGGCGUCGCGACAGCAUCCCCGAUUUCAGUGAACGGCCCCUUCCGAAGAUCUCCAAAGCCCGCGCCUGCGCCGAGUGCAAACGCCAUAAGAUUCGCUGCGAGAUCAAGCCUGGUGAAAAGAGCUGCGCAAAAUGCCUUCGAGGUGGGCUCAAGUGCGUCGUCAACGACUUUUCGCAGAAAUUCGUCGACGAUGACGGGGUCUGGAAAUCCCAUGCGGCAGCCACAAUUCAACAGCUUCAAGCAGCCGUGUCGCAUCUCCUCCGUCAAACUGGACUACCUGAGCUUUCCACCUACCCCUCUGGCGACAAUCGAAAUGUACCCAGUCCCGCCACAUCCAAUCACACCCAGCGACGGUCGCUCGAUGAGUCGCAUCCAGCUGCCACGCCUGUAGCCCAGAAUGGCCCGGGGAUCGCAAUGGAUAUAACUCGAGAGGCGUCCCAGGAGCCAGAUUUCCAAGGCCCAGACCUUGUGCCAGCUCCAAUGCGAAGCCUCUACGAAGUGACGAAACUACGAAAUCUGCGGAAUAAUCCGGGACAGAAACCGAAACAGACGCUCCUGGAGGAGGAUUUCAUCUCCCGGGGCAUAAUUUCCAUCCAUGAAGCGGAAGAGCUCUUUGCGUAUUUCAGCCGGACCAUGAACCAGCUCCUCUGGGGCGGCAUCAUUCUGGUGCACCGCGACCUCACGUCAGUACGCCGAGCGUCGACUUUACUUUCAGCUGCCGUCCUCACCGUCGCUGCUCUGCAUAUCCCGAACCGAACGGCGACCUUGAACCGAUGCUACAGCGAGUAUGUAACCCUCGUGUCUAACAUGUCGCUGGCGCGCUCCCAUACCCUGGACGACAUCCGCGGUCUUUGUAUUGGGGCUUUUUGGCUACCGGAGCUUAGCUGGAAGCUUUCGGGGCAUGCGGUACGAAUCGCAACGGAGAUGGGGCUCCAUCAAAGUUACCAGAAGCUGAUGCGCGGUCAUCGUGAUCAGUACGAGCGUGCGCAGCUCUGGUACCUUCUCUACGUAUGCGACCAUCAUUUCAGCAUCGCAUAUGGUCGGCCUCCAGUCAUUCACGAAGAUGUGGCUAUCAAAAACUACGAGACCUUCCUUCAAUCGCCUUUGGUUAUACCAGGAGACAUCCGCCUAAUGGCGCAGGUCGCCCUGUUCAUGAUCUUGACCGAGGCGUAUCGGAUAUUUGGAUCAGAUACAGAGCGCGCCCUAACAGAGGAGGAUUUUGGUCAGCUGCGAGUAUACAAUGUCGCCGUCGACCAGUGGCGGCUUCUCUGGCAACCCCGAUCAGCGGACAGUCCGUAUGUGCGUACAUACCCCUCCAAAGGAGUGGUGCUGCACUAUCACUUUGCCAAGUUUCAACUCAACUCGCUCUCACUCCGGGCCCUUUCACCGUCGAACACCCCCGUCUUCUCCAUGGACCGCAAAGAGUCUGCCAACAUCGCCAUCUCUUCAGCAAUGGCUUGUCUCAAUCUGGUCCUUGAAGAGCCCGAUAUUCGAGAUGCCAUUGUUGGCGUCCCCAUCUUCACGCACACCAUGGUCACCUUCUCGGCCCUCUUUCUCCUCAAAGUGGCGGUGAACUGGAACUCAGCCUAUUUCAGCAUCGAUGGGCGCCAGGUGCGUCGCCUCGUCCAGCGGGUGAUCGAUUUGAUGAACUGCGUCUCCGCUGGGGAAAGACAUCUGACUAGGCAUAUUGCACGGGGCUUGGGGAAAAUUCUGGAGCGGUUCGACGCGUGGGAGACGGCGUGGCAUCAACCUAUUGCGGGCGGAGCAGGAGUGGACGAUGGCACCGUUAACCGCAACGGCCGCGACAUUCAGGAUGGAGCGAACGCUCUGGCGCAGGUCUGUCCUCCACCGGAUCUCAUCUACGACAUGGUAGGCACGUACGGGUUCGGGUUGGAUGAGAGCCUGCUGGAUCCGAGCCUGACGAAUUUCGAGUUUUGGGGACAAUAA